AUGACCUUGAUCGUGAUCGACGGGAAAAGCACGUUCCAUCCGUUGCUCGGGCGAGACUGGUUAGAUGUGCUGUACCCAGAGUGGAGGCAAUUUUUUGAGAACGAAGUCGCAGAGGUCGAUCAAAGUGAGAACUUGGAAGAACCAAUCGAGACUUUUGAAGCUAGUGUGGUUCUGAAGGAGGACGCCAGGCCGAUCUUCUACCGGCCGUACGAAGUUCCGUUUGCCCUGCAGGAGAAAGUGUCCAGUGAGCUGGAUAGGUUAGUGCGUGAGAAGAUUUUGGUUCCGGUCAAGCACAGUGAGUGGGCAUCGCCGAUCGUGGUUGUGGCGAAAGCAGAUGGGAGUGUACGGAUUUGUAUGGACUGCAAAGUAACCGUGAACAAGGCGAUCUGUACCGAACAUUAUCCUUUGCCUAACAUAAGUGAUGUUUUUGCGAACCUAAGUGGUUACCGGUACUUUGCGAAGAUCGAUCUGCAAGGGGCGUACAUGCAGGUUAGAGUGUCGGAGGAUUCCCAGAACUAUCUGGUGAUCAACACGCACAAGGGACUUUUUGCCUACCAGAGACUACCCUUCGGGAUCUCAAACGCGGCCUCCGCGUUCCAGUUUAUCAUGACUGAGGGCAUUUUGAAGGGGGUAGAAGGAGUCCAGUGUUAUCUAGACGACAUUUUGUUGGGAAGUGAGACCGUUGAGGGGUUAGUGGACAAAAUUCACGAGGUUCUGGGACGACUGAAAGAGUUCAAGGUCAAGGUGAACCUUGAGAAGAGCGAGUUCUUGGUCAAGAAAAUCGCAUAUCUUGGGCAUCAGGUUUCUGAGAAGGGUCUCAGUCCAUCGGAGGAGAAGGUAAAGCGAUCGUAA